AUGAUGGGAGUGAGUGAACUUGCACUUUUCAAGAACUUUUCCAUUACCUUAUUAAGGUCGGAAGUCCCGGUGAAAUCGGAGAUAUGCUGAGCAUGUGCACGGAACCGCAGAAACCGUUCGGGGUGAGUGAAACAAGUGAAUGUGGUAAGUGUGCUCUAUUGAGAAUAUGGUUUAUUGAGAACGCCGUGCACUCCUUCUGACAUUAUUUCUUAGUGUGCUCAGAAUUUUUGGUCACUUCAGUAACUUUAAAUGUUUGAGGACAGCUUUUCUUCGGUGACCUGCACAUCCUUUGUUGAACUAGACCUUUGCUCAAUUGGAUUUUCAAAAGAAGGCAUCGGCGACUCUUUCCUAUUUGCACACUUUCCCUUCCCGUUUUUCCAAUUCCGUUUUGAUAACAAACUACGUUGAUUUCAGUUCAUAACGAUGAUAAAGAAGAAAGUCGUGGUUACUGGUUAGUACUUCUCCUUCUCGGGUCCCCUGAAACAGUAUACUUCAGGAUUCGGCCCGUUCCAGGGAUUCGCAGAGAACCCGUCGUCGAUCGUCGUAGAUGAACUCCAGAAUCAAGGAGUGGAUGGUCAGUCGGCCGCUAGCUUAUGCCCCUUAUCUCUGAUUUCUUUCCAGGCGUCUAUCUCGAACUGCACAAGAUCCCAGUUGCCUAUGAGGAUGUGAGCCAGAAGGUUCCCGAAUUGUGGAAGGAACACUCUCCAGACGUGAGCACAGACAACUGGCGUCCAAAUUAUUCAUUCUCUAUCGUUUUCAGCUCGUCAUUCACAUCGGAGCACAUCCUUCUCAGAAGACGAUCAAGUUCGAACAGCAAGCCUUUUCCGACGGGUACUGCCGCGACGACGUGAACGGAUGUACUCCAGAAGGGAACAAGACGGGGUGCAAACGGGAAGACAAUGUGCUCGUGACGUGCAUUGACUGCGAGGAUCUGGCGAAGCAAGUCACCGAAAGACUGCAAUUGGACGGACAAAAGCACGGAGGACUAAAGGUCGAAAAGUCCGCGGAUCCGGGAAGGUUUUGCUCCCCUUCUUUCCCUAUUCAACUUUUCCCUCUCGCAGAUAUCUCUGCGGUUUCUCCUAUUUCCUUUCGCUCCACGAAGACUGCUCCAAAGCUCUUUUCAUCCACGUUCCUCCAUUCGAGUAUGUGCCAAUUCGGCGACGAAAAUCCUUCAGAAUAGAUUACUUUCAGGGGAGAAUGCACGAAAGAAGCCGUGACGGACGUCAUCCGGGAAGCCAUCAAAGUCAUUCUGAACCUUAUUUAA